UCUAGUCUAGUAUUCCAUUUAAUUUCCUUCCUCUAGCUUAUCUAUUUUUAAUCAGAGCUUCCUUAAUUAAUAUUACUUAACCUUGCAUACAUGGCUUCUGGAAGUGGAGUUGUGAAAAUGAUCGAGGUAGAUGGGGCACUGAUGCAACGAAUCCUUGGCACCCAUAAGCCGCUGGAUGGCACCAAAUUUGAUCCCAAGCCUCUUCUUGAUGCCGUGGAGGAUAUCAUUCUACGGGCUACUGUAGACGGGUCGGAUAGCAGGGCCUUCCAGGGCGAUCUCAGCUACAAGAUGGAUCAUUUGAUUUAUGAAGCUAUUAAAAAGGUUUCCUGCGAGCUCUCCUGCAAGUGUUCAGGGGCUGUAAACUCGAGGGAAGUCGCCAUUGGGCUUCUUCACUUACUGGGAAGCUACUCAUGGGAAGCCAAGGCAGUGAUAACUUUGGCGGCAUUUGCGGCCAACUACGGCUCUUAUUUCCUGGUUUCCCAGCUUUCUGGAAGCAACGACCCAUUUGUCAAAUCAGUGGCUUUCCUUCAACUAUCACCAAAUCCACUGCCACAGACCCAAUUGAAACUCAAGCCUGACGCAUUGAAAGUUAUUAAGGCCAUCUUCCAUCUUACCAAGUACAUUGCUCAGGUCGUGACCUUCCAAUCUCAGUACACUAUGUUAACUUCAAUUUUCACUGCUCAUGAAGAUGACUUGGCAAAAGCUGUGUAUUUGAGCAUUAAAAGUACUGUGGCUUGUGCGUCACUAUUGAUGAACACUGACGCCUUGACAAAUGAGUAUAGACUAACAACAAACGAGGCUCAGGAGCUUUCCUAUCUGUCUAUAGAGAUGGAGAAUAUACGCAGGAAGCUAGAGAUUCAAAUGGAGAACUGGAAGAUACGCAUUGAUGGGAUAAUUCCUGAAGAUUAUGACAGACUCUACCGAAUGCUGAACUACAUCACAUACAGCGAUAAUACAGAAAUCCUCAGAGCCCUACUUUGCUGGAAUGAGAGUUCAGCGACAAUCUACGAUUGUUCUAGAAAGAUACAGGUAGACAUCAAUGUGUUAAAAGGAAAACGUGUGUGGGUAUACAUUUCAAAGCUAGAACACAUGAUAUUCUCCAAAUCCGAAAUCUCCAUCCUCUCUGAGAAGUACAAUGAAUCCAGAAAAUAUUGGAGCAGGUCGACUGAUGAGUUUGAGAUCGUGUGGGUUCCUAUCGUCGAUGCAUCAAUCCUGUGGAAUGUGGAGUUGCAAAAAUACUUGGAGCAAACUCGAGAUUCAAUGUUAUGGUACUCCAUUACCAACCCCUCAAAGCUUAGCAAAGCCGUCAUCAAGUACAUGAAGGAGGUUUGGAAGUUCCAGGAUAAGUCAUUGCUCGUGGUACUGGAUCGACAAGGAAAAUUUGUGGAAUCCUUUGGUGUGGACUCGAUUCGGAUUAUUCCGACAAAGGAGCCUUUCCAAUCUAGUAGCCUGAAGGUUUAUGGACUCUGGAAAGGGACAAUUGAACUGUUGGAAAAUUCCAUUGGACCAGAAAUCCUUGAAUGGAUUAAUGCUCCAAAGUAUAUUUUCUUGUUCGGAGGGGAGGACACGAAUUGGAUCGAGCGAUUUAUAGUGGCCACGCAACAAGUUGGAUGGGCCGGUAAGUUAGACAUCGUGAUGGUGUACGUGGGGAAACGCAGCAUGAAUUGGACUACUUACGAGCGGAAAAUUUCUAAGCAAAUGCGCAGUGACAAGAAAAUAUUUGUAUUGAAUGAGGGAAAAUACAACUCAUUCUGGGCCACCUUGCAGAACAUAUCUGGAACCAAGAUGGAAAUGGAGGAAAUGGAGACACUUGUAAGCUUUGAUGCGGGUGGUGAAGAAUGGGGUGCAGUUUUUCAUGUUUCAUUCCCUCCAAUGGCCAAAGCCAAGGGUGAAGUCAUUGUGGAUGUCUUGAACAAUUAUGCUCAAUGGGCAGGUCAAUACAAAGAGGACAGUUUUGUAAUUGCACUGGAUAAGAAGAUUAAGGAGGUUAACAUCUAUGGCAACUAUAGGCUCAAGUUUUCUUCAACUACGUGGAGCAGCCCCAAGAAGGUGCAAUGCCCUGUCUGUGAUAAAACAAUGGAGGCCGUCAUAUCCUAUCAUUGUCCCAGCAAUCACUGAGUUACUACUCGUUUACAAUUGGCUACACACACAUUCCCAUAAACAAGUUUGUUGAUGAUUGAUCUAUAUUAAAAAAAGUUAAAAGUGUCCUCCUCCUGGCCGAAAAGAAAAAAUCAAAAGCGGAUCUCCUUUAGCUCUUAUAGAGGGUAAAGAAGAUUGUGUUGAAGAUUAAUUUGAAUUUUCUAGAUGCACGUGUCUUGGUUUAUGGGUGUGCAACGUCAAUUAGUUUAUCAAUUAUGAUUUAUUUAUUGGUUAUUUUGGUUCAUGUCAUUUGUGUAGUUCAUGAAUAGAUUCACGUACUUAGAUUUUAAGAGUCAUUUUUGUACUUUUAAAUAUCCUUUUGUAUUUGAGUUUGAUUAAUUAAGAAAAAAAUCUACAAUUUCU